AUGAGCCAACAACAACAACAAGCCUCUUCAUCAUCAUCGGGAAACAAUACAGACAAUGAAUCCAAAGAACAACGAAUUUCAAUUGAACACGAUCAAAUUCGUAGAGAUAUGAUUGCUGCUGCUUUAUUGGGACCGUGUAAAGCAAUUAAUCGUGAAUUAUUGAGAUUGAGAACGGUGCAGACUGUGAGCACGGCACAAAUGGAAGCAACAGAACAACAAUUAUGGAAAUGUGUUGAAAGUUUUGCUCAAAACUUUGCAGAGAGAGAAGGUGUUUGGGGAAGUGCCAUGAUUGUUGCUCCAACACAAAAACCAAUACAGGAGGAGAUUUCAACAACACCACCGGAAUUCGGACCACCUCCAAUUAUCGGAGGAAAUGUUGGCGAUAUUUAUUAUUUUGAAAGAACGUCAGGAAAAGUACAAUGGGAUAGACCUUCCAUGUUGGACAGGUUAAUUCGAGAGGGAAAAUCUGCUAGAGACCAAACAGAACCAAUUCAUGAUUGUGAAUUUUUGCAAACAAACUUUUUCAUUUGCUUACGUAGUACUAGGGCCGAGAGAAGUGGAUGCUCUUUUGAACAUGACAAACUGUUACGUUGUAUGAGAGCAAAAGUUCUCGGAAAUAAGAAGUAA